CUGGUUAUCGGUGAAACGGGGCGGGACUAUUUGAAUAAUGUAAAGGAAUGUCAUUUGUGUAAAAAAAUAUUUAGUAAUACAGAUAUCAUAGUUGUAGGUCAUGAUCACUUUACUGGAAAAUACAGAGGACCUGCUCAUAACGAAUGUAAUUUAAAAGCUAAGACAUCUCACAGAAAACCAGCGUCAAAUAGCAGCUUAACGCUGCUGUGUUUCGCUUGGUGGACUGUAUGCUCGUUUGUCACCCUAUCCUAUAAAAAAAAAUGCUCAUUCAUACCUUUAAUAUUUCACAACCUUUCUGGUUAUGAUUGUCAUUUAUUUAAAGAGGAACUUUCCGCCAUUUGCGGUUGUAUAAAUCUAAUACCCGAAAUAAAGAAAACUUUAUUUCAUUUACUAAGUUUAUUCCAAUAG